GUAGUAACUACCUGUGCUACAAAAGAAAAUUUGUAUGAGGAACUUCUAUGUGGGCCCCAGGAUUGGGGUAUUUCUUCUAUGUAUUACUUUUACCAAUUCUUAUAUGUACAGCAGUCUGUUCCCAGAUGAAUCUCGUCGGAGGCCUCACUUGAGCCUUUCUUGGGAUACUAAUUACUGGAAUCGUAUCAAUUCCAUACUUUUCAGUUGCAGCUAUAGAUCCAGGGAUCAUCCCAUCAAAAAGAUUUUCGGGAAAUGCGAAGUUAUGAGGGUUUAAAAAUUAUGCAUAUCGAAUGAACUUUUAUCACAAGCUACAAUUAACACACUCUUAUCUUCAAUAUUGUCACAAUUGCUUGAUUUUCCAGCCUGAAGAAGCAUAUCACUGUAAAGAAUGUGACUUGUGAAUAAAUAAGAAAUAUUUCCAUCACCCAUUUUUCCUAAAAUGCAUUGGACAGAGGACUAUUCAUUACUACAUUCUGUUUCUAGCUUUAAACUUAUUCAAGAAUUUUUACUUCUUUAUUGUCUGAUGAGCGGCUCUUGCAUUCUCAUUGAUCUCCCCUUUAAUAUUUUUCUUCAUCUGAAUCGGAGCAAUGGCGGGGGACAUGGCAUUUAUGCACCACUGAGGGAAAUGGAUCUAUGAAACUCAGAUUGAUCCACAACAAGAACGGGAGAAAAUAAUACAAGAUUUUAAAACAUUUCUGUUCGAUUUUGAAAUCCCUCCAAGCAAAUAUAAACUUAUUAAAGUGAUGAAAAGUACAUAUAAAGGCUUAGGAAACAAGAAAAAUCUAAAAAGUGUGUCUUUCAAGAAGGUAGUUCCUCAGAAUGGCCAAAGUUCGAUAGACCAUUCUCAUAAUUUGAUGAUGAAACUUCGUAUUAGCACAGAUACCUCUGUAGAUCCCCUCCAGGACUCAAAUAAGGACCAGAAGAGCAAGCUCAACACUUCUAUCAAGAUUAAGAGUAAAUUAUUGGAUUCUCCUGAUGAACUGAGAAUAAAAUAGAAAUAAGAAUACCUCUAAGAGAAAAGAAGACGAAAUGCGCAUUGAAGAUAUACAAGACGAAUCAGAUGACAGAGACCUGUUCGAGAUUCUUAAUGAACCACAAGAGAGAUCAAGGAACAAGUUAAGAGGGAUUGUGAACAAGACCAAACAAUUGCAACAAAGUUUUGGUGAGGAGCCGAAACAAGUUUCAUGGGAAGAUAACUUUUUAUAACCCCUAAAUACAGCUAGUGCCAUAUUUGUAAUAAAGAAUUUCUAU